CAAGUCUGGAGCCUUUGCUUCACUCCUGCCAAAAGGACUUUACAAAAGAUGGAGCGGAAGAUGCAACUGAAGAAUUAGUCUAAAUAGUUUGCAAGGGUGAGUUCAUGUGACUGAAUAUGAUUGAAUCAACCUGCAGGCGAUGAUGAAGAGUUUAUUGGCUACAAGGUCGCUGACUCGGCAUGUAUGCUGCAUGCUGCAUGUAUAUGUAUAUAUUAUGCAGAAGGCACCAUCGUAUAUAUAUAUAUAUAACUGGCAGCGUCGUGAUUUUUCCUGUGUAUAUAUUUAAUAUAGACAUAUAUAACAAUAUAUAUAUAUAUACAUGUCAGCUGUGCAGAGUUGUGCAGAUAGAAUGCUCUUUGCCACAAUGCGUGCACAAUGUGUAUAUAUAUAUAUGUAUAUAUAUAAAGAUAUGACACAUAUAUAUAUAUAUACAUACUGAUCAGAUUGUGUGAAGGAGCUUUCUCAAUGGCUGCACGUGGGACCACUUCAUUCAAGGACACAUAUUUGGUCCAGCGAGACGUUUCUAGACUACCUCGAGUUUCUAGGGCAGGAACUGCGUGCGAGGAGGCGCAAGCUGGGGUUGUCCUUGAAAGAUGCCGCUUGCAUCCUUUGUGACCAUGCUACGCAGAGCUUCGACACAAAUGUUCAAAAAAGAAUCCUGACGGUCCCCAGUAUACAAGAAAAAUGAACACAUGUCAACGAAACGGCCGAGGUUCGCGAAAGUGACGGCUGACCGACAUCGCCCACCGCUACACCGGAGUCCCUCAACAAGAACACGCCGGCCCCGCUUCACUCACGUCUUGGUCUUUUGCCUGACCAUCCUCACCGUUUGGAGCGGCUGCUACUGUAAGCCCUUCAGCUGUCCGCACCGAAUUUGCAAUGCAGGCUUCGCACUUCUGUCAAGCACCACGGCUUGGUGUGGAGAUGGUGAUUCAAUAUCACGGCUUGGUGUGGCAUCACCAGUUGGUAGACUUCGUCUUUAUAUAUAGAUCUUUUCGGGGUAUGGGAAAAAUAACUCCGUGCCGAAACAAAGUGACCCAUCCCUGCUAGUUUGUUCGAAGUUAUCAAGAUGAAUUACUUGUGAACAAGGAUCGUUUAAGCACGAGAAGUCAUGCUGUCUAUUCGAUCCUCUCUUUGGGGUUGGUUGGUCAGUGCGAGCUUGGUGUGUUGAGUGAUCGGUGCUUUCCAUGCGAACUUGCGGCUCUUUGUCAACAUGGCUCUCUAUUUGCUUUGAGGUGACCAGAUCUUUGCAGGGUUUCCAGAUCUUCCCUUGUGCUUGAAGACUGGUGCUGACCCGGUGCCAACAACAUUCAGACUGGAAUGUAGACGAGUCAUGUUCCGGAACUAAGUCAUGAACCUUUAAAUAGAAUCCAGUGUUGCAUCACGUGCUUGCUUUUGGGGGGGCUGGAUGUUCCUCUUGGUGUUCUGCUUUUGCUACAAAACAUGUGCUAAACAGCUCAAGAUGAGCCACAUGGUGUUUCAGUUUCAAUACACUCAAGAUGAAACCCUCCCUUCCCAGUGAAGAUCACUUGCUCCGUCAAAUGAUGGAACACCAAUGUGGCCAAAAUUCGGUGAAAACGCAGGAGAAAGGAAAACCAGAUGCACUCUGAGGGCUAUUGUGCAAUCUCUCGGCGGUGUACACAGUUCAGGCCGCUGUGGGGGAACCUCUUUCAGUUGAGUAGUCGUGUGGAGGAACUUCCAGACUUACCUUUCCCCUACAAUGACGAGGUCAUAGUGUUCUAGAAAGAUCUCCCAAACGGAAACAAGGCAGCUAGCGAGGUCGUCGGUUUUGGAGGUCAAAAAGAGCAUGUUUGGUUUUGAUGGGAGAUGAUCCCACGCAACCUGUCAGAAGGCAAUGACACUGAUGGUCAUUUGUGGAACCUUGAAGUGUAUCCUAUGUACCCUCGCGAUCUGCAUAUGCGAAACUUGCAACCAUACUGACAAGACCGCGUGCGCCAAGUCCAUGUGACAGGGUAGACAGAAGCUCACUAACAAUGGAAGUGGAGUUCACCCCCUCAUGGUAAAGCAGAGUAGUUGUGUCCCAGGCGCCAUGUCAUAUGAUUCUUUCAGGGAGUAUAAGACGGUUCAACCAUGUUCACGAUUGUUUCACGUCCAAACGAUCCUUCACACCUGGACAUGGGUGGGAAUCCUAUGGCAUGGGUGGGAUCUCCAUGUUUCAACACCGCAGACACCAGGACACGCAGACACCGCAGGCGCGGACCCGCAGGUCUUCCACAAGGAACGCCUUGACUGGAUUGGUCGACCCGGAAAGCACCCGGUGCUGGUGCCCAACCACAUCAGCAUGCUGGAGGCCUUCUACUUGGAAUACCUCACCUGGGGCAUGUCAGGCUGUGUAGCGAAGAGUCAGUUUGCCAUCCCCGGGGUGCGCUCGGCCACGCAAUUCAGCAACGCCGUGGCUGUGGACACCAAGGACAAAGAUGUGAAACAGAAGGUGAACGAGGGCAUCUUGAAGUUCGUCCACAACGAGCCGGACGAGAAGGGCCGCUACCCCUGUGGUCGAGCCUUCGUGAUCUACCCGGAAGGCAUCACCAACAGCCAGCGAGGCCUCUUCCGUUUCAACACGGGCGCCUUUGCCACGGGUAUGGCUGUGCAGCCGGUGGUGCAACGAUUUCCGUACAAGUACAUGAAUCCCGCGUGGGUGUCAGACUCGCGCAUCUCCCGCGGGAACGACCUCCCAUGGAUGAUGCUUAGAUAUAUGUCUCAAUUCCACGUGCCCAUGCAGGUGAAGAUCUGUGAGAUCUGGGAGCCCAUCGAAGCCGAGCGAAACGACGCCGUGCUCUAUGCCUCGAACGUGCAGAACUUCAUGGCCCUUCAGCUGGGCAUUGCGGUGACGAACACCGGCAAUAAGAUUCUACGACAGAAGGGCGGCCCCUUCGAUCUGAAAUCCUCCCAGGUGCAACCGGGUGAGGAGACCCCAAGCAGGCCGACCUCUCCCUAAAGGGAACGGAUCGGUUUACGCAGCCCCUCUUGGACUCGAGCCCUGAGAUUUGAGAGACAGCUCGACCAGGUCGACGACCAAAAGACAGCUCGAUUCUACUCGAUUCGGAAAAAAGAGAAACGCACACCCAACGGAUAUGCGGCCAACGAACGGUGAAAUCAAUGGGUGGGGUGGGGUGAGACACAGUGAUAGUUCUUUGAUAUUUGUUGUGGACUUCUCGUGUUUGUGAAGCCAUGUGCAGACUGUUGGUUUUUGGAUUCAGUAACUGAACCAGCCGUCGGAUCUGUUCUUGACAGCGGAUUCCCAGACUCAGCAGCCUUGGUUCGGGCAUUUGUUCGUUUUGAUUGUGGAACACCUAUGAACACAAUGAACACCUAAAACCACAAUUUUUAUUGUGGUUCCUUAGGUUCCGGCUUGUGCGUCCGGAACCUCAACUUUUUAGCCUGUCUAUUGGAGAUUUGUGAAGUGAAAAUCAGUUCCAGCUGCCAGCAUGACAAACACAUGGUUUGAAGACGAGCGUUGUCGUGUCGUGGCUUGCAGAUUUUGAGAUUGCUUGGAGUUUACAAGUCUUUGAGUUUUGCUUUCGCAUGUUUUGGUGCCAAAAAUUGGACCUGGCUGCUCGCGUUUCAACUCGACACCGGCCACACCGGCCAACUCGGAUGCUGUCAUGUCACUUUGGUACACUCCAAUGACCUCUAACGAGCCAGUCGUGGUGGACACCAGUCGCCCAGAUACGUGCAGUCGCCAAAUGGUCGACCAGUCGCUGACUUCGUGAAAACCAUAAAACCUGAGGGUGUUCAUGUCUUUUAGUUAAGAAAUAUAUUACUAACAUGUUUUAACUAACAUGUUAAGAUAUUACUAAGACAAUAUAUGUUUUCACUAACAUGUUUUAACCCAUUUCAGCCUGGAGACCAUUGGAGACGAACCCACAAACAUGUGCGGGCUUUUGCGAUUUGUUGUCCCCGACGGAGCAGAGGAGCGAGCGAAUGUUUGAGGGAACAGAUGGGAGCAGGAGAUAGGCAUGUUUUCCAUAGCUGACAUGUCCUUCUUGCAAUGGGUCC